UGGACCUGUUCAGUGUGGAUCACUACCCUUCUUUUCAGGCUGUGUCUUUUGUCAGUCCUUAAUUCACACAAGUUUCAAGACAGAAAUGAAGCAGAAAAAAUCAUCUGAUAAGAAAUAUGUUCCUGUUAGUAACUAUGAGAUUUUGUUUGCUUCUCUGAUUGCAGUUUUUUUGUGUGUUUCUGUUGGACUGCUUGCACUUUCUUGGUUAUCAGUCCAGGAGCUGGAACAGGCUGAAGCAGAUGUGAAUAGUCAUGGCUACAUGGGAAUAUUUAAAAUAAUCUCUGGAACAUCAUUCAUUCCUGCUUUGCAAAACAGUUCAUCAGCUGAUUUCAAAGUCCUUGCCUUUGAUGUUGAACAAUUGGUACUAAAGGUCUUUCAAGAAAGUGAUCUGAAGAACACAUUUGGGAGAUGUGACAUUUCCCAGUUCAAGAAGUCUGAAGAUGGCCUGAAAAGAUUUGAGAAGUCAGAGACUGGUGUUGUUGUGAUCUUCAAACUUUAUUUUACCCAGAUGGUAACAGCUGAGAAAGUAAAAAAUGAGCUGGUUUUGGGUGUCAACACAAGUAACCCUAAUCCUACCCAGACUUUGAAAAUUGAUGUGAACAGCAUUCAAGUCACAGGUAACAUCACUGAUGAAAAUCUUACCACAGUGACACCUUUACCUUCAUCAGAUCCCACGAGUCCAAUUACAAGUUCCUUGACACCAACUUCAGGUUCAGCACAACUCACCACAAGCACGACCUCAACAGCUGCUGCUGUGUGUUUGCCAUAUGCUGAACGCUGUGAUGACAAUGUAACCUGCAUUAACUAUGAUUUCUUUUGUGAUGGAGUCUUGAACUGCCCGGAUGGUUCAGACGAAUCUGAAAAAAGAUGUGCUUCAGUUUGUGAUGGAAAAUUCAUGUUGACUGAUUCCUCUGGGUUUUUUCACUCUAUGAAUUACCCAGAGCCAUAUGAUGCAGAUAUCAUUUGCCAAUGGAUAAUACUAGUUCCUCAAGGUUUGUCCAUUAAGCUGAACUUCACUUCCUUUGAAACACAACAAUAUGCAGACGCAUUGGAUAUUUUUGAAGGUGUAGGACUAAACAAGAUUUUAAAAGCUUCUCUGUCAGGGACAAAUACUGAAACAAUUUACAUUUUUUCUCAUGAGGUUACAGUACAGUUCACAACAGAUUAUGAUGAAAAUUACAGUGGCUUUAAUGCAACAUACACUACAUUUAAUGCAAGUGAACUAAACAAUUAUGAGAAAAUCAAUUGCACUUUUGAAGAGGGCUUUUGUUACUGGAUACAAAAUUUAGAUGCUUCUUCAGUAUGGGAAAGACUUCAGGGUCCUACCUUUCCUGUGAUGAGUGGUCCUGAGUUUGAUCACACAUUUGGCAACAUCUCAGGAUUUUACAUCUCAACACCCGUUGGAAUGAGAUAUUUUGAAGACCAAGUCCGGAUUAUUAGUUUGCCUUUGGUCUCUUCAGAUAUAUAUUGCCUAAGCUUUUGGUAUUUCAUGUACAGUCCUAAUGUCUAUCGUUUGAGAGUCAGCAUAAGCAAUGAGGAUGAUUUGGAAAAGGUCAUUUUCGAGAAAGAAGGAAACUAUGGAAACAAAUGGAAUUAUGGACAAGUAACUUUAAAUGAAACAUCCGAUUUUAAGGUUAUUUUCGAUGCCUUUAAAAAGCCUAACCCCAGUGACAUUGCCGUGGAUGACAUUGGCCUGACAAAGGGAAAGUGCAAUGAUAGCGGUUACAUAGAGCCAACUGCGAUGCCAAUUACUACUACUGCCCCUUCAGUUCCUACUGACUGUGGAGGGCCAGUUGAACUCUGGGAGCCAAACAGUACAUUCAGCUCUGAAAACUUCCCAAACAAUUACCCUAAUCGAGCUACUUGUGUGUGGUACUUAAAUGCCGAAAGUGGAAAAAACAUUCAACUUCACUUUCAGGUUUUUGAUCUGGAUAGUGUUGAUGAUGUGGUUGAAAUCAGAGAUGGCAGAGGACCAGAUUCCUUACUUUUGGCUGUCUACACAGAACGAGACCUGUUGCCAGAUGUCUUCUCCACAAGAAACGAGAUGACAGUGAUCCUCCGCACGGACGAGUCUGGAGCAAGGAAGGGAUUUCUUGCAAACUUUACUACUGGCUACAAUCUAAGAGCUUGCACAGUUGAUGAGCAUCAGUGUGGUAAUGGGAAAUGUAUACCACUGAGUAACCUUUGUGACAAUGUACCUGACUGUGAAGAUGGCUCGGACGAAGUAAAGUGCGUGAGAUUACUUAAUGGCUCCCUAAUCACCGAAGGACUGGUACAGGCCAGGAUUGGGAAGACGUGGCACCUGGCAUGUGCAGAUGAUUGGAAUGAAGAGAUUUCAGACAGUGUUUGCCAGCUGUUGGGGUUCGGGAAUGCAAAUAUGUCAUCAACUGUAUUAUUCACUGGAAACGGCCCAUUUGUCAACAUCACCGAAGGAGUGAACCACAGCCUAAUAUUUACAAAAAGAGAACACUGUUUGAACAACCUGGUGGUUCAUCUGCAAUGUAACAUUCAAUCUUGUGGAAAACACCUGGUAACUCAGACCAACGCCACAAGGAUUGUAGGUGGAAGUUACGCCAGAAGAGAGGCUUGGCCUUGGAUAGUUUCACUCCAUUUUAAUUUACUACCUGUUUGUGGAGCUUCCCUUGUCAGUGACGAGUGGCUGGUGACAGCAGCACAUUGUGUAUAUGGGAGACAACUAAAACCAUCUCGAUGGCAAGCAGUCCUUGGCCUGUAUGCUCAAUCAGAUCUGACUCAGCCUUCAACAGCAGUUCGAAACAUCGAUCGAAUAAUUAUGAAUCCUCAUUACACGAAGCAAACAAAAGAUAGUGAUAUUGCUCUAUUGCACCUACAGCACAAAGUGCAAUAUACAGAUUACAUACAACCUAUCUGCUUACCAGAAGAAAACCAACAGUUUUUACCAGGAAUUAACUGCUCCAUUGCUGGCUGGGGUUACAUUGAGAAUGGAGGUCCCACUUCGGAUAUAUUGCGAGAAGCAGAGGUGCCCCUCAUUUCGAAUGAGGAAUGCCAAGAAUGGAUGCCAGAAUACAGUAUCACUGAGAAUAUGCUCUGUGCAGGAUAUGACAUGGGAGGAAUAGAUUCCUGUCAGGGAGAUUCAGGUGGUCCUCUGACAUUUGAAGAUGGGGACAAGUGGUUUUUGGUUGGUGUAAUAUCAUUUGGCUACAGGUGUGCACUUCCUGAACGACCAGGAGUGUAUGUUCGAGUCACCAAGUUUGCGGACUGGAUCAAAAAUGUCAUCUAUUAGCUGGGUAUUUUUUAAUUAUAGAGAUAUAAUUGAAAUGUUGAAAGUAAGACAGACUGGCCUGUUAAUCUCACAGAAAAACUGAAUAUUUAAAUUUUGAGGAAGAAAAUAUUAGUAACUGAAAACUCCAUUUCCAAUUGAGAGCAAUAUUUCAAAAUAAAUGUUGUGGGUUUAUUAAUAAAUAGUUUUAUCAUUUUACUUUUUUUUUUUAUAUGAGGGUGUGGGAAAACAGUUUCUUUGAACACCAGUGCAUUAAAUGCACAGUGGAGGGUUUUACAAAGCAUGGGCAGUAAAAAAGAAAAAUAUAAAAAGUUUCCAAACUGCAAAUGCUUUAGUGAAAAAGAAUCAAAAUUAUUAAUAUCAGGUGAAAAAACCACCUGGUUUUAUGUUUUUAUACUGUGUUUUUCAAUGUGCAAUUUGAUUUAAUGCAUAGUCAACUCUUUCCCAGUGAUCUGUCUGAAUAUCAAAAUAAAGGUUUGUUUAAACUGGGCUUAUGGGAGUCCCUCUGCAUUGUCUAUUACAAAAAGCUCUGAAAUGAGGUUUAUGGAUUGUGCAUAAGGGCAUAAGGGCUGAUCAUGUAUCAUGAUCCUUUCUGAUGAAUAAACUGAAUGUUAGCUGAAA